AAAAAUGUGUCCCCGUGUGCGCCGGGAAGCUGGAAGAUCACCGGGACACGCUUGGGUUCGGACUGAACCGGAAACCUGCCGGCAGCGCCGGGGCUCGCGCCUCCGGUGAGAGCGGAGCGUCUUACCCCCCACCCACCCCGCACCCGCCGCCUCCUCUUCUUCUUCCUCGGUAUUUUCCGCGAGCGCUGCGGAGGAAAUUGUACCGCCGGCUGGAAGCAUGAAGCUGCGGGGAGCCACCGUCUGAGGAGCCGGGGAGCACUUCUGGCUUAUCAUCAUGGCUUCCUGGUUCUUCACGUUGCUCCUGCUCCAAUUAGGCGAGGCUUCUCUCUCCAGUGAAAACACCACAGAUGAUCUCCAGGAGGUCACCUUAGCUGCCAUCUUGCCUCUUACCAACACAGACUACCCGUGGGCUUGGCCUCGAGUGGCGCCGGCGCUGUACCGAGCCGUGGACAGUGUGAACUCUGACCCUCACCUGCUUCCGGGCCUGAAGCUCCAGCUGGUUCACGGCAGCUCCGAGAACCGGGAAGGGUUCUGCUCAGACUCUGCGGCGCCGCUGGUCGCCGUCGACCUGAAACUGUCCCACGACCCAUGGGCCUUCAUCGGGCCCGGGUGCGACUACUCCUCGUCGCCGGUCGCCCGCUUUACCACCCACUGGGAUGUUCCCAUGGUGACAGCCGGGGCCCGUGCAGACGGCUUCAGCAAGUUUGCGGCGGUCACCAACACGGGGCCCACGCACAAGAAGCUGGGCGAGUUCAGCCUGAAGAUCCAGGAGACGUUUGGAUGGCACCAUCACACCAUGCUCAUCUUCAGCGACAACAAGGACGACAAUGACGAGCGGACGUGCUACUUCGCCAUCGAGGGGUUGUACAGCCUGAUGGGAAAACACAACAUCACCGUCUUCGACUACUUCGUAGAGAGCAACAUCAACCACAAAGAAUUGGUCCAAAUCAUCCAAAAGAACGGCCGAGUUGUGUACCUGUGCUGCUCCUGGGACAACAUGAGGAGUCUGAUGGUCCAGUUCUGGAAGGAGGGCGUGGAUUUGGAAAACUAUGUCUUCUUCUUCAUUGAUCUUUUUGCUGAGGGUUUGGGUGGCGAGAAGCCCGGCAUGCCGUGGUUCAGAGGAGACCAGGACGACCACGCAGCCCGCCUCGCCUUCAGGAGUGUGAAGGUGCUGACCUACAUGGAACCUCAAAAUGCAGAAUAUCACCAGUUUGUGGAGACUCUGAAGAAAGACGCGGAGAAAAUGUUCAACUUCACCAUCAAAGACUCUCUGUACAACCUCAUAGCAGGAGGCUUCUACGACGGAGUGAUGCUGUACUCGCGGGCUCUGAACGAGACUCUGAGCAAACGGAAACCAGGGCUGCGGCCGGUGCAGAGACCCAAAGGGGACAUGGUCACCCAGAGGAUGUGGAACCGGACCUUCCAAGGAGUGAUGGGGACGGUAGAGAUGGACAAGUUUGGAGACAGAGAGAUAGACUUUGCCUUAUGGGACAUGACAGACAUCAACUCUGGAAAGUUUGAGGUCGUGUGUGUUUAUAACAGCUCCAUAAAGGAGCUGGUCCUGCAGAAAGGUCUGAACUUCCAGUGGCCCGGAGGCUCCCCUCCUUUAGAAGUCCCAGAGUGCGGUUUCAAGAACGACAACCCGGCUUGCCUCACAAGUACGGUUACAAUGCAUCAGAUGGUUGCCAUGGUGAUCUGCUUCGUCUUUGUCAUCAUCAUUACAAUCACUAUUUUUAUCUACAGGAAGCUGAAGCUGGAGAAUGAGCUGGCAGCUCAGCUGUGGAGAGUUUCUUGGGUCGACAUCCAGAUGAGCAACCUGGAUAAAGUUCUGAGGAGAGCAUGCAGCCGGCUCACGAUCUCUAUGAAAGGGUCCAACUACGGCUCUUUGAUGACCAUGGAGGGAAACCUACAGAUCUACACAAAAACUGGAUACUAUAAGGGGAAUCUUGUAGCCAUCAAGUAUAUUAACAAGAAACGCAUUGAACUGACCAGGAAUGUUCUGUUUGAACUGAAACAUAUGCGAGAUGUUCAUAACGAACACCUGACUCGCUUCAUUGGCGCCUGCGUUGACCCUCCAAAUAUGUGCAUCAUCACAGAAUACUGCCCUAGAGGCAGCCUUCAGGACUUGAUGGAGAGCGAAAGCAUGACGUUGGACUGGAUGUUCAGAUACUCUCUCAUCAAUGACAUCGUCAAGGGGAUGACGUUCCUCCACAACAGCGUCAUUUUUUCUCAUGGUAACCUGAAGUCGUCCAACUGUGUGGUGGACAGCCGCUUCGUCCUGAAGAUCACGGACUACGGACUGCAGAGUCUUCGGACCAGCAGCUGCCCCGACGACACUCACGCCUACUACGCACGUAAGCUUUGGACAGCUCCUGAGCUUCUGAGGACAGAGGAUCCUCCCCUCUGCGGGACCCAGAAGGGGGACGUCUACAGCUUUGGUAUAAUCCUGCAGGAGUUGGCCUUGUUGAAGGGAGUCUUCUACAUCGACACACACACCCUCAUCCCGAAAGAGAUCAUCCAGGGCGUGAUUCGGGGCGGCGUUCCCCUCCUCCGUCCCUCCCUCUGCUUCCAUAGUCACAGCGAGGAGCUCGGCGUCCUGAUGCAGCGGUGCUGGUGCGAAGAACCGGGGGAGAGACCGGAUUUCAACACUAUUAAGAUCCUGCUGAGAAAGCAGCACAGAGGUUAUGGUUCCAACAUCCUCGACAACUUACUGUCCCGGAUGGAGCAGUAUGCUAACAACCUGGAGGAGCUGGUGGAAGAACGCACUCAAGCAUAUAACGAGGAAAAACGCAAGGCUGAGGCCCUGCUGUACCAGAUUCUACCUCAUUCUGUAGCUGACCAGCUGAAAAGGGGCGAGACGGUUCAAGCCGAGGCGUUCGACUCUGUCACCAUCUACUUCAGUGACAUUGUCGGCUUCACGGCGCUGUCUGCUGAGAGCACACCGCUGCAGGUUGUCACAUUGCUUAAUGAUCUCUACACCUGCUUUGAUGCCAUCAUUGACAACUUUGAUGUUUACAAGGUGGAGACCAUUGGAGACGCCUACAUGGUGGUGUCAGGAUUACCGGUAAGGAACGGUAAACUCCACGGCCGGGAAGUGGCACGGAUGGCGCUCGCCCUGCUCGAUGCAGUAAAGAGCUUCAAAAUCCGACAUCGACCCAGCCAGCAACUGCGCCUGCGCAUUGGCGUUCACAGUGGUCCUGUGUGUGCUGGUGUGGUCGGGUUAAAGAUGCCCAGGUACUGUUUGUUUGGAGACACAGUCAACACUGCGUCCCGCAUGGAAUCCACGGGAGAAGCCUUGAAGAUUCACGUGUCGGAGGCCACCCGGCAGGUCCUGCAGGAGUUCAACACCUUCCAGCUGCAGCCCAGAGGAGAGAUUGAAGUGAAGGGGAAAGGCCACAUGAGGACUUACUGGCUGCAAGGGGAGGAUAACUCAAACGGAUGAAGGACUCAGGCGGGGGAACCUCCGCCUCUGAAGAGCUUUAUGAGAUGGAUGAAGGAUGUCAGGAAUCCACCGUGUUAAACAUUCUGUCUAAUAUGGUGGGGAACUUGUGACUUUUUUUGUGAAGUCAGAGUCUUCGUGAACUGAACGGGUUUCCGCUGAAAUAAAACUGUAGAAGAAAAACAGACAAAUGAAUGUUUCACUUUAAAAGAUCAUAUAAAAAGGUAUGUAAAUACAAUAUUAAAAUCAACUGUGUUGUUAU